AUGGACAGACCUGUGAGGUCAAGAUUGGCCUCCCUCAGUGAUUUCCAGUUCGGAGCUGUCGCCACAGAGACGAUCGAAGACGCUCUGCUCCACCUGGCGCAGCAGAAUGAGCAAGCGGUGCAGGAGGCUGCCGGCCGGACGGGCAGCUUCAGGGAGACCCGGAUCGUGGAGUUUGUUUUUCUCCUGUCUGAACAAUGGUGUCUGGAGAAAUCCGUGAGCUACCAGGCUGUAGAAAUCCUAGAAAGGUUUAUGAUUAAGCAGGCAGAGAAUAUGUACCGGCAAGCCACGGUCCAGCUGAGUGAGAAGAAGGAGCCUCAGAAUUGGAAAGCUCUGAAAGAGCAGCUUUCCAGCAAGUUUAUCCUGCGUCUUGUGUCGUGUGUUCAACUGGCGAGCAAACUUUCCUUCCACUACAAAAUCAUCAGCAACGUUACAGUCCUGAAUUUCCUCCAGGCUCUAGGGUAUGUGCACAGUAAAGAAGAACUGCUGGAGUCAGAGCUUGAUGUUUUGAAGUCCCUGAACUUCCAGAUCAAUCUGCCCACUCCCCUGGCAUACGUGGAGAUGCUUCUGGAGGUGUUAGGAUACAAUGGCUGCUUGGUCCCAGCCACACAGCUGCACGCAACCUGCCUGACCCUGCUCGACCUUGUCUAUCUCCUGCAUGAACCCAUAUAUGAGAGCCUGCUGAGGGCUUCCAUUGAAAACUCUGUACCCAGUCAGCUGCAAGGGGAAAAGUUUGUUUCAGUGAAGGAAGACUUCAUGCUGUUGGCGGUAGGAAUCAUUGCGGCGAGUGCUUUCAUCCAAAACCACGAGUGCUGGAGCCAGGUUGUGGGGCAUUUGCACAGCAUCACAGGCAUUGCCUUGGAAAGCAUCGCUGAGCUCUCUUAUGCAAUCCUGACUCACAGUGUGGGAGCCAACACUCCUGCCCGACAGCGGCCGGCUCCUCCCCACCUGGAGCCCAGAGCUCUGAGGGCCUCCGCUGGCUCCAACACAUGA